CCCAGCUGUUCCAGAUCGGACGAAGUCCGGUUUUGAUAGACGUUGCCUGGUCCGUGCGUACAUGAAGGGAGUGAACCCUUGAUCUGUUACCGAUCGGAAUGUUGAGAAGCACAAAGUGGUGAUGAUGGAAUAUAAAGGCAUGACUAGCACGAAAUAGAGAAACGGGUUGAAGUCGUCCUACUCCCUGCUGGUCUUGUCCCUCUUCCCACACCAGGAUGAAGCUCACCUUCCUGUCUGCUCUUGCUCUCCUCGCUACGGGCGCGAUCUCCAAGCCCAGCCUCCCGCGUGCUCACGUCCUUCCCCGUCAAGCCAGUGGCACCGAUACCGCCCCAGGCUCCAUCCCUUCCGCAGGCGCGAUAUGCGCAAGCCAAUGCUCAUCCUCGAGCGACCAAGGGCUCCUCGCGCAGCUCUCGACCGGGACCUGCGACUCCGUCCCAGCCUGUGUCUGUGGCACGCUUGAGUCCCUCUCCUCCGCUUGCGUCACCUGCGUCCUAGGCGCCGAAGGGCUCAGCGUCGCUGACCUUGAAGCGGAGUGCGGCGCGCUCAGCUCCAGCCUCCCCGCCGGAUCCGGAUCCGGGACCGAUACCGGCUCAGCCUCCGCGCCUACCCAGGGGAGCGAUACCUCCCUCACGACUAGUUCGGCUCCUACUUCUGCUCCGGCGUCCAAUACCGUAGGUGGAGGAGGUGGGAUCCUCACGGGCAGCAGCACGAACAGCUCGAGCAGUACAGGCACCGGUACGAGCAGUGCGCCUGCGAGCAGCUCUCCCGCUUCGGGACAGUCCGCCGCGCUCCCUAAUGUCGAUCUGAGGAUGGCUGUGGUCGUCCUCUCCGGCCUGGCUGUGGGCAGUGUGCUCCUUCUCUAAUGGCGUUGGGUUCAACUUUGGCGUGGACAACUUCUUAUCCAGAUGGGAUGGGAGUUGGUUCAUGCUCGGAAAUGAUUGUAUGACUCUUGAAUGCGGUUAAUGUGAUACGACUGAUGAUUUAUGUUCUGCUGGUAUUGA